GGGGACGGCACAGAUUCCGCCUGAUAUCUCGCGAUGGACGCCCUGAAAUCUGCCGGGAGAGCUAUCAUCAAGAGUCCGGGAGUUCCGCGACACUCGUGGGGUACCUCCAAGCACGAAAAGCUGCCGGAGAACUGGACGGACACGAAGGAGACGCUCCUGGAGGGCAUGGCGUUCAGUCUGAAGUAUUUGGGGAUGACGCUGGUCGGGCAGCCCAAGGGCGAGGACAUGGCCUCCGCCGCCAUCCGCCGCAUCGUUGCCACGGCUCGAGCCAGUGCCAAGAAGUUCCGUAAAGUAACUCUCACCGUGUCCCCGAAAGGCAUCGUCAUCUCCGACACUGAGAGCAGUCAGCUGAUAGAGAACGUGUCCAUAUACAGGAUCUCAUACUGCACCGCAGAUAAAACUCAGGACAAGGUGUUCGCCUACGUCUCCCAGAGCCAGUUCAACGAGACGCUGGAGUGCCAUGCCUUCCUCUGCCCCAAGAAGAAGAUUGCCCAGGCUGUGACGCUAACAGUGGCUCAGGCCUUUAAAGUGGCGCUGGACCUGUGGGAAGUCUCACAUGAAGAUAAAAGUAAGAAGGUCCACUCCUGCUGCUCCCCAGAGGCCUGUCAGGUGGAGAGGAGAGAGAGAUCGCCGCCCUGCAGUCCAGACUCAGAGAAGCUGAAGGCGCUCAGUCGGGAGAAAAAACUGGGCAAGUCGUUCUUCUCCUCCGUCUUCCUCUCCCCCUCGCCCUGCGGCCGGCCCAAACCCCGACGGCCAAUCAAGCACGACUCCUGGGAUGUGGAAGAUGAAGACGCGUUCCUGAGCAGUGUGGAUGUAGAAGUCAUGGAUGCAGAUUGGUCGAGUCCUGUACCGGAGCGAGCCACGAGGAUGCAGCUAUGAGUCCCACUGAGGUGUCCACCCUGGGACUACGACCCAGGAGUACUGAACACUACAUAUCCCAGAAUCCACCUCCACCCCAACACAGCAAAAUACCAAUCGGAAUUAUGGAACAACAGUAAACACUACAUCUCCCAGAACCCACCAAACUUCAGUCCCACACUUUACAAAAAAAAAUGUCUUUGGUAUUUAUAAUAACAAUAAUAAUUUGUAUAGUUUUUGUAUAGCACCUUCUCAUACACAAAGUGCUUUACACAAGCACAAACACUAAUGUUUGACUCAUAAGUAACAGUUAAAAUAUGUUAAAGUAUAUGGCAUCAUUUCACCUGUAACUCAAGUCCAAAAGUGUACUCCUGGAUUCGAUGGGUGUGAAUCAACAGGAAGUGGACAAUGCGCUGCUGACUAAAUAAGAGAAUAUAUUGCAAUUUAAUAUAGUAAUGUAUUCCCUGAAAUUCCCUUUAAUUAUAUUUGCUGGUUUCAUUGAAUCCAAGGACACUUUAAUGUCAUCGUGUUGGAUCAUGGGGUGAAUUUGGUUAAGAUUUCAUUUCCAUUUCUCUCAAGAAAACUUGCUGAAUUUAACUAAAUAGAGGGGAUGGUAGAAUCAAAGCUGUUUCCAGACAACAACUUAAUAAAUACUAGACAGACCCCCACCCAAAAAACUCAAAAUCACUUUGUGCUCAUCAAUAGAUAACACAAAACAUUUUCCAGUUUACAGUUUCUCAAUUUGUCACUUACUGUAUAUUGAUACAUAAAUAUAUUUUUAGUUUAUGUUUGUUUUUCCAAGAUGUUCACUGAUUGCAAGCAGGAGCUCACUGGCCUAUACAGUCUAUGAGGCAGACGUUAUAACUCAAAUACAGUCUAUGAGGCAGACGUUAUAACUCAAAUACAGUCUAUGAGGCAGACGUUAUAACUCAAAUGCAGUCUAUGAGGCAGACGUUAUAACUCAAAUACAGUCUAUGAGGCAGACGUUAUAACUCAAAUACAGUCUAUCAGACAGAUGUUAUAACUCAAAUACUGUCACUCAGACAAAGGGUAUAACUACCUCACAGCUGGUCUGUGAAACGUAUGUUCUCUCAAGACCAGGGGUGAACCGCAGGGGGAAAUCUGUUUCAGGAUUCUGUGCCAGCAUCUGCUCCUAAUGAUUUAAUCCGCUCAAUCGAGUCUCGAUCCGACAUUUUGUAUCAGCACCGGCUCCAGCCAGACUGUGCUCAGGUCCAGGAGUGACCCAGCGUAGUUUAUAGAGCUGUCAGAGAUCUAAAACCAAGGUAAUUGGUCGGAGACAAAGACCAGCAUGCGGACUGGCUCUCCAGAGUCGGAGUUGAGCCGGCUUGCUCUCGACUGCGGCUAACGAUGAAGAAUAAAUGUCCAGGCUUUACAGACGGGAGCACUAGAAUAUGGAAGAUUAGACAUUUUUAAUAUUUUGGUCCACAGUGAGACUUGUUCAGGCUUCAGGUUUUGGGUCACCCGGGAACUGUGAUAACGUUGAGGCUGCCAUAACGAGCCGUAACUGCCCCCCCUACACUCCCCCACAGCCCCCACUGCCCCCCACACCCCCCACUCCCCCCCACACUCCUCACUGACUCUGACAGUUUAAUGACACUGCAGGGCUUGUUCCUGGAUUCCGUGUGUAGUCAAACGUUUAUCUUACCGUAGCACAGAGUUAUAAACAUUUCCCAUUAAAAUGCCAUGGGUCAGUCGCUCCGUAGGACCGGUCAGUGACUCCAUGUGAUUGGUCAGUCACUCUGUAUGAUUGGUCAGUCACUGCGUAUGAUUGGUCAGUCACUGCGUAUGAUUGGUCAGUCACUGCGUAUGAUUGGUCAGUCACUGCGUAUGAUUGGUCAGUCACUGCGUAUGAUUGGUCAGUAGCCCAAUAUGGGUCGUGACACACAGUGGAUCAUUCAGGCUAGAAAUGUAAAUAAAUGAAAAACAAAUUGAUGACAUUUGACAUGUAGUUUGGGUGGAAUAUCAGAACCCGCACCAGCAGUUUUUCAUCAGAAUUCCAGAUGUACAGAUAUAGUUAUAAAAAACUGGGCUUUCAAAUACUGCCACAUUUAUAUUUACUGUGUUUCUUAGAUAAAAAAAAUUACAAAAUCUGAUAUUUGAUAGUUUAUCACAUGCAACUGUAAAUCUCUGACAUUUGUUUUUAAAUGUGAUUUUGUUUUAUUUCAUUUGUUUUCAAAUGUGAUUUAAGUUGACCAUUUUGUAUGUAACCAGCAAUAUCUCACCAGAUUUUAGAUUUUUUUAAACAUUUUAUUUGUUGUCCAGAAUGAUUUUGUGCGUUUGUACUCGCGUACUGCUCAUUUCUGUUUCAUUGGCUGUGCUUGGCGUUAUAGUGCAUGAGAUCUUUGAUGCCUGUUGUACUUCAUUUGAAAGAUUCAGGGAAUGAUGUGACAUUUUACCCCGUUGAAACACAUCUCUCUGCAGAGUGCGCUGUGUCUAUUGCUAAAGAUGGGAUGCCACAUUCAUUAACAAUGUUUUUUAUGAUUACGAGACGAAACAUCGGAAACAAUCUAGCACCUGCUUGACAACUGUGUAUUGUGUAAUGCAAUGCGAUUAAAUACAAUAUAAACAUCUUUUCACCUACUUUUAUUCUGAGAAAUUAGCUAAUACUUUAUUUUGCAGCACUGGGUGAAUACACAGGUACUUGUGUAUCUAUUAGUUAACCACUUUGAUUUCAGUGGUAAGUACUGUCAAAGUACUUACCACUGAAGACAGUGAAGUACGGUAUGUAAGUACGACAGCAGGUAAAUAUGUUUUACAACCCGUUUCAUAGUUUUCAUAGUACUUGCACCUGAAAUCAAAAUAGUUCCCUAAGUACCCAGUAAACACUAGGUCAUUGAAAGGCCAGAAUGAUUACAGAAAAGCUGAUCUGGGAUGAAAAAGAGAUUUUCCCUUUGUCCUCAGUUUGUGAUUCCCAGUUUAACAUCACGGUAUGUCUGUUUAGCCGUGUCAUAUCAUUCAUCCGAACUGCUGUAAAAAAAUUAUAAAAUGCUUAAUUGUUUAGGUUUGAGUAUAAUGUUUUCUCUAAUCAUACAUCGAACACAAUGUGAGUUAACAGCAGUGAUUAAAGCAAUAGUUUGAUUUCCCUGGUGUGUGAUGUGUGCGCCCUUCAGGAGGAAACACCAAUUCCCAUGUAAAGAUGCUUUUUUUGGAUUGGCAGCAUUUUAAUUUAUCUUCAUCAAUGAUGUAUUUAAUUGUGAAUCUGACAUUAUUUUGUGGACAUUCCAUCUUUUUUGAUGAAAUCUAUGCAAUAAGUGGAUUUCUAUGAACAAUGUUGUGAUGAGAGAUUUUUAGAUGGCAUAUAGACUUUUCUGUUCAUGUUUGAGAUACUUUGUAUAAAGAACAUUAAUCAUUAUAUUUAGAGCAUAUGCGUAA